AACCUAUUCUCUUACAGCAGCUGUAGUAGAAGAGUUCUGGGCUAUGUGAUUAUCCGCCCCUCUUACCCUACUACGACUGGACUACAUGGGACUCUGGUGAUUAGACUGUUACUCACUCUUGUCGUCAUGUUGGCAGAAGGCAUCUUAACUAGACUCAUGUAUAAGGAAAGCUGUCAUCAAGAUAAGCCUCGCAAAUCUCAUGCAUCCAAAAAGGAUAAAGAGGGAAUCUGGAGACAGAAACUUGUAGACAACCCAAAAAUCAAAAGCUUUGCUGAUGGACAUGAGAAGCAGGAGGAGGUUUCUGCCAAAAGCAGCAAAAUGGAACAGAGGAGCAGUCCUCAGUGGAGAUCCAUAGAAGAGGUACCUGCAAAAGAUCAGAAAACGCUUGUUAAAGGAACCGUAUCACCGGCUUUACAUAUCCCCAAGAGAGAAUGCAAUACCGAACAGGUGGAUUUGUAUAGAUCCUGGUCAUGCAACAGCAUUUAUCAAAACUAUCCUGACUUACACAUUGGGGGAGACCGCGUGGGGGACCAUGCGUGUGAUUCAGGUUGUGUUUUGGACCAUGUGUGGGAUGACCUUCCCGAUGGCCCUGUUUUACUGUCCAUAGAUAUUCCUCUAGGUCAGUCCCCUCUCUGUGAGCAUCCCAAAAAGCCAAGUAUAAAGUCCCUGUCUGGAGAUGAAGCUGGAGAAAGGAGUAUCAUGCUCUGUGAGGAGCCUCUUUCAAACUCCAUGCUCAACAAGUACAUGGAAACAAAAGUGGCAGAGCUCUAUAAACAGUUUUUUGAAGAGAACUUGACCAGGUGUGGUUCCGUAACAAACCUCCUCACUUGCAGCUUGAUAAGGAAUAACCUGAAUCAGAUUAGCUUUCAGAUAUCCCAGGAGCAGAAUAUAGAAGCAUCAAAAGCCAGAGAAGUGCUCUUGCACUCUUUAGCUUUGUUUAGUUUGCGCAGUGCUACCAACAGAAAUAGCUCUGAAUUUAGUACUCCAAACUUGCAAAUCUCAAACCCAGCAUGCCUGAAAAGGAGCUGCAGGAUGCAGUUUACAUCAUGACUGAUCUAUUUAGCUGAAGAGAUGAAUAUGAUUCGGAUAUGAGUAUUUCACUCUAAGGAUUAGGUUGGGAAAUGAAAAUAUUUACACACUACAGACUUUUUCAAAUAAAUAUUUUAACACUUAAACCAUACUUUGUCUUUGUUAGUAGAGGAAGU